AUGGCUAACAGCAAAUUUGCGUAUGUAAAAUUAUUUGAAGAAGAAAAAAAAAUAUUAUUGAAUUGCUAUUUUGUUGUAAGAAUAGAUGGAAGUGAUUUUAAAAAAUUUAUAAAACAACAUGAAUAUAUUAAGCCAAAUGAUUUAAGAGGACUAAAUUUAAUGAACGAAUGUGCAAUUAAUGUUUUAAAAAAUUAUGAUGAAAUAGAUUUUUGUUAUGGACAUUCAGAUGAAUUUAGUUUUUUAUUUAGGAAGUCUACAAAAUUAUGGAAUAGAAGACAUGAUAAAAUAUUAACUAAUGUAGUAUCAUAUUUUACAUCAUCUUUUUUAUUUAAUUGGAAAAAAUAUUUUCCUAAUAAAGAGUUAAUAUAUCCGCCAUCAUUUGAUGCAAGAAUAAUUGUAUAUCCAACAGAAGAUGAAAUAAAAGAUUAUUUUUCAUGGCGCCAAGCAGAUUGUCAUAUAAAUACACAAUAUAAUGAAUGUUUUUGGAAUUUAGUUUUAAAGAGUAAUUACACACAUGAAGAAGCUUAUAAAUUUUUAUUAACGACACAAACAAAAGAUAAAAACGAAUUAUUAUUUACCCGUUUCAAUAUUAAUUAUAAUAAUAUUCCCGAAAUUUUUAGACGGGGUACUAUAAUAAUUAGAAAUAAAAAUUACAAAAAAAAUACAACCCAACAUAUACAACACAAUGAUAAACAUAUAGACUAUAUGAAAAGGGAACAAAAUAAGGAAGAAUUAAAAAAAAAAAUCGAUCCACAUCUUUAUAAAGAGAAUACAGAUACUGACUUAUGGGAUAUGCCAAAUGUAGAAACUGUUAACACUAAUACCAAGGAAAAUAAGACCAACGAUAAUAAUGAUAGUAAUAAUGAUCAAAGAAACAUGUUGGAUAAAUUUAUAGUAACUCAUGAAAAUUUGAUUGCUGAAACAUUUUGGAAUAAAUAUAAUUUUGUUUUUAAAAAAAAAAAGGAAUUAAAAUGUAUAAAAUAA